UUUCCCGCCGGAGACAUGAGGUGGGACACCCGGAAGGCGGAAGUCCUAGGGCGGAAGUGGGCCAGAGGAACGGAGAAUGGCGGCGGAAGACUGGAUUUGGCGCAGGGGCUGGGGCCGGCGGUGCCCGGGGAGGCCUGGGCUUCCCGGCCCCGGCCCUGGCCCCACUACACCUCUACUUCUCCUCCUGUUGCUGGGGCCCGUUGUUGCGGAUAUAACUGACGGCAACAGUGAACACCUCAAGCGGGAGCAUUCGCUUAUCAAGCCCUACCAAGGGGUCGGUUCCAGCUCCAUGCCCCUCUGGGACUUCCAAGGCAGCACUAUACUCACGAGCCAGUACGUGCGUUUGACUCCGGAUGAGCGCAGCAAAGAGGGCUCUAUCUGGAACCACCAGCCCUGCUUCCUCAAGGACUGGGAGAUGCAUGUCCACUUUAAAGUCCAUGGUGCCGGGAAGAAGAAUCUCCAUGGAGAUGGCAUUGCCUUGUGGUACACCCGGGACCGCCUUGUGCCAGGGCCUGUGUUUGGGAGCAAAGACAACUUCCACGGCUUAGCCAUCUUCUUGGACACAUAUCCCAACGAUGAGACCACAGAGCGUGUGUUCCCGUACAUCUCGGUGAUGGUGAACAAUGGCUCCCUGUCCUACGACCAUAGCAAAGAUGGGCGCUGGACUGAGCUGGCAGGCUGCACAGCCGACUUCCGGAACCGCGAUCAUGAUACCUUCCUCGCUGUGCGCUACUCCCGGGGCCGUCUGACGGUGAUGACUGACCUAGAGGACAAGAAUGAGUGGAAAAACUGCAUCGACAUCACGGGAGUGCGCCUGCCCACGGGCUACUACUUCGGAGCCUCGGCUGGCACGGGAGACCUAUCUGACAAUCAUGACAUCAUCUCCAUGAAGCUGUUCCAGCUGAUGGUAGAACACACUCCUGAUGAAGAGAACAUCGACUGGACCAAGAUUGAGCCCAGCGUUAAUUUCCUCAAGUCACCCAAAGAUAACGUGGAUGACCCGACCGGCAACUUCCGCAGCGGGCCGCUGACGGGGUGGCGGGUGUUCCUGCUGCUGCUCUGUGCGCUCCUUGGGAUCAUCGUGUGCGCUGUGGUUGGGGCCGUCGUGUUUCAGAAGCGGCAGGAGCGGAACAAGCGUUUCUACUGAGUGGCCGGUGCUCUGCUCCGGGGAAGGGCCUAGUUUUGGGCCCCAGCACUAAUGUGAACUUUUUUUUUUUACUGGGAUUGUAAAAGAAAAAUAAGACAACCUUAUUUCUUAACUGUUUCAAAGAAAUGAUUAAAAGUAUUUUCGUACAUUUUGCUUCUUGCCCAGCAAGGACAGGCUGCAGGGCUAGGGAAUAGGGUUUGGCGCCCCCACAGCUGGGGACAGAGGUCCUCACCCCUCGCCAGUAUCCCAGGAGCAGGAAGGAAGCUGUGCCUGGAGCUGGGCCCUGGCAGGCUCUUGAACACUGGAGGGCCCCUCAACCACAUUAGGGUGGGUGCCUGAGGACGUGAGCAGUGAUUUUGUUCUCUGCAGGGUGUGUUGGUGGAAGAGGAGACUGGGGAACCUGGGCCUUCCCAGUUGCCCUCUGAGCUGCUUCCCAAGGCAGACCCUUGAGUGAGGCUGGAGGAGCAAUCUGGUAGGGCUCAGAGGGUGACCAUUUGCUAAAUAAAGUGAAACAACCAACUUCAGCUAUGUAACUGUCCUAAGGGUCAUGCUUCUCUUUUUCUUCAAGUAACUUCCAAGUGGCCAGUGCUUUAUGGCUCUCACCCUCCAUCCCUGGGCCCUGCCACACAGCCCCAGGAGGCCAAUGCCGUGCUCCCAUUCCCAGGUGGGGAAGCACAGCUCUAGGAGGUCAGGCGAAACUUGCCAAGUGUCAUAGCAAGUGAGGGGAUGGGGCCCUGUGCUGUCUCCCAUGCGCCCUGAACCUCUGGGUGAAAGACUCCAGCCAGGGUAGAAUGUGGGGUACCACAUGGAGGCUGUGACCUAAGCGCAAGUGAACUCGAGGGAACUCUGGCUAAGGGGGCUUCAGGAAGAUCUAGAAGGGAUUCAUGGGCUCAGGAGGACAGGCUAGGGUCAGUAUUCCCUUUGGGGUGUUCCGAGGGGAGAAAGAUGGCAGAGGGAGUAGAAGAAAGCCAGAAGCUGGAGGGAAAGCACCCUUAUCUGGCAGCUUUCAUGGAUCAGUCUGUCCUGGCCAUGGCCUGCCUCUGCUCUCCAGACUGCUCUUGGUUGCUGCUGACUCUGCCACAGAACAGUGUGUUCUCAUCCAUUUUAGAACCAUCUUCAGCAUCUCCCUACGUCACAUUCGAGUCUCCAUCUUAAAAGUGAGAGCAACCUUGUCUUCCUGUUGGAACCAGGCUUUUUGUAAUUGAUAUUCUUGAUUAGAUCCUCGCAGGUGGAUAGAAGUAGAUGAAGUGAGGAGGAAGAACUUCCUUUUCCUGUUAAUCUUUCACUCUCCUGAGCUCUUUGUUGAGCAGCUAUUCACGUUCUCUUGUCCUUCUCCAUGUGCUCUCUGCACAUGUAGGACACGUCCUUUGUGGGUCAGACGUCGAGAGAUUGUUUACGAGACCGCAGUGAGACACGUCUGAGCUGCGUUUCCUUCUCAUGGGGCUGGGAGCCCAUUCAUGAAGCUGUAAGAGUAAACAUGAUAUUCUUUACUGAAAUAUUUUACUGAGCUCACUUUCCCCCAAACUGUUUCUUUACUUGGGAAGUAGCUAACUUUGUGCUUACUACAGGCCAAGCGUGGUUCUGAGCAGGUGACGCAUGCUAACUCAUCUCUCUCCACAACACUUAAUCCAUUCGGACACCGGAAAUCCACUAGGUUGGGUGGCUUCUGACUCCCGGAGCCUCUCCCUCCUCCAGGGGGAGCGCCGUGUCCACCCUGAGGGCUGGGGUCUGGAAGCCUCCACAGCUGCUACGGCCACCAUCCUGAGCACCACACACACCACACUUGGCCUUUCAUUCUGGCCCCUCAGGGCCUCCCUGAAUUCCUGAAUGAUGAGGCACGGUGGCACCCUGGACGAUGUGGCUCUGGCCCUUGGUUGCACAUUGGAGUCACCUAGAGAACGAAAGUCCGGCCUCUGUGUUCUCUAGUUUGGGUUUGAGGAGUCAAUGGGGUGUGGGCAAGGACAGUGUUUUCGGAGUGGCCGGGUGUGGGGGGCGUGGUGCAGCCCAGGAAGGACCGCUUUCAAAUAACCAUGCAGGGUGGUUAGGGUGAGGUUCUAGGCUUGGGAAUCAGUAGGUGUAAGACCAGUGAUUUGAAGGCAAAGAUUGAAGUGGUUGUGGUCUCUUCUUGACUGUCAGCGUCUUCUUUGCAUCCCUUUCAGAGUUUAAACCUGGAGGUGCUUCCCUAGAAGGUUCGAUGUGUGCUCUCACAUCUGCUUUCUCACACAUGCGGGAUCAUGCUGCUGUAAUCCACAGUUUUUGCCACAUGCAUUUAAAAAUGGAGUUAUUUCAUCAUAAAAAAGAUAAAUAUGAAUGUGUAUCCUUGUAUUUGCUGUGCAACAUGAGAAAUAAAGCGUUGCUGACACACUUGCAUCCCUCCUUGUCCCCCUGCCCUGAGUACGAGCCCUCCUUUUGAAGGCGAUUGCUGCAGGUUCUGAUUUUUUUUCAAGUGUUUCUUAAAAAUGUUAUCGUGGAGGUAUGUAUCCGUAAAUACAGAGUAGUAGUUUGCAUUUUAAAAGUUACAAAUGGCACACAGAUGUAUUCUUGGAUCUUAAAAUUCAACAUUGUUUGUAAAUCUUUGCAUUACAUGUAGCUCAGGGCAGGCCUUGAGUGGACUCCAGUUUCUGCCUUUGGCUGUUGUUGGAUGUUUGGGUGGUUUCCAGGUGUUUGGCUCUGAGAAUGUUCCUCUGACCAUUCUUGAGCAUGUCUCCAUCCAGGCACAAGUGCACAGGAACUGCUGGGCAGAUUUAGUUGCAUUCCAGGAUUACUCCAUGUCCCAUUGUUCUCUGAAGAGGGCUGUAUCCAUUCUUCUCCCACCUGGUGAUAGAGAUUGCCUCUGGCCCUUUCUUAGCACUGGCUGUUUUCAGUGUGUACUUUCUGACAGUCCAAUAAGUGUAGAAGUUUAAAUUUGCAUUUCUCUACCAGUCAGGUUGAGGAUUUUUGUUAUCUUCAAAAUCAAAAUUCAUUUGUAUUUCCUCCAUGGUCUUUUGAUUUUUUUUGCCCCUCCCUUUUUCCGGUCGCUGUGUAUGAGUUGUCAUAUGGUCCUUAGGUUGUGUCCUUUGUAGAAACAGCUCAGUAUGCUUAUCUUUUUCCUUUUCUAAUGAUGUCAUGUGAUAUACAGUCUACAUUUUAAUGUCAUUCACUCUUUUCCAAAGACUUUUUCCCCCCAAAGGUUUAAAAAUUUUGCUGUUCAAAUUUAGUUUGUAAUUAUGAAAUUAACUUGUGUAGGGUGUGAUGUAGGGACCUGGUUUUCCCAUUCUGUCUAGCCAGUUAUCCCGACACAUUUCUUGACAUUCGUCCUUCCAAAGGAGCCACAGCACCACUGGGUCAGACACUCUGGAUACCGCUCCCUCAGCUCCUCCUCUUGUGCGGCGGGAGGGCUCAGUGCUCAGCCACAUCUUCAGCACCUUAGCUGGAUGGUUCCGGGAGAUUUGUGCCUGCUGAGAUGCCGGAGGCAGUCUGCCAAGGAGGUUCUCAGUAGAAAGGGUCAGAGAGAAGCUGGUGUGGCUCUGUCCCCCUCCUCCUGCUGGAAUGUGGAGGUGACCCCCAAAGGUAUAGAGGCCCUCUGUGACCACCGGGGCCAAAGUGAACACCAGAGCUGGAUAGAAUGUGGGUCCUUAGGACAUCAGGUGCUGCCACAGUCCUGGACUCCUGACCGCUGGGCUUUUAUGUAAAAAAAUAAAUUUGUAUCUACUCAAA